UAGCGUUGUAGCCUGUCAGUCUGUCUUUCCCAGAUCUUUAAGCUGCUUUGUGUUCACAACUCCGUUACAGUAAAAUACCCUCAUCUCAUUUACACAUCACAGAGCCAUGACAGUGGAUGUUCUUAUCGAUUUCAUCCCCCUAGUUUGACCAGCAUUUGAGAUUUCUACCCCACCCCACCCUUUCAUCUCUUUCUCCUCCGAUUCGACACUUUGUUUUGUCUCAAUCCCCACACCUUCACCACCACUUCCUCCCAGCCUUAUAAAUUACAUUCCUUUGCUUCCACUUCAUUCAUUCAGCACAUUACAUCAAUACAUACACUCAGAUUCGCCUAAUCCUUCCACUGCACCAUGUUCCGUCGUUAACUCCGCAGUCGCAUUAUUUCUAAAUCUGUUAUUAGCAAAAUGUCAAAAGAAAUUCCUUGAGGUAUUUUAAUUCUGAAGAAUGGGCAGCCCGUAAGUUAUUGAAACAAGGAACUGCUAAUCUGCCAGAGUAAGUUGUUAAGUGUGAAAUGGAGGAGACAUUUGUGCCUUUUCAAGGAAUCAAGAACGACCUGGAUGGACGAUUGACGUGUUACAAGCAAGAUUGGACAGGCGGCUUCCGUGCAGGCUUCAGGAUUUUGGCUCCCACAACAUAUAUAUUCUUCGCCUCAGCAAUCCCAGUUAUAUCCUUCGGCGAACAACUGGACAGGAAUACCGAAGGAGCUCUAACGGCGGUUCAAACAUUAGCCUCGACGGCGAUAUGUGGGAUGAUACACUCCAUCAUUGGAGGUCAGCCGCUGUUGAUUUUAGGUGUUGCAGAGCCUACCGUACUCAUGUACACCUUCAUGUAUAACUUUGCGAAACAAAGACCAGAACUUGGUCAUAACCUGUUUCUUGCUUGGAGCGGAUGGGUAUGUGUGUGGACUGCGGGGUUGCUGUUCUUGCUAGCCAUACUAGGAGCCUGUUCGAUUAUAAACCGCUUUACACGUGUGGCCGGUGAACUCUUCGGCCUACUUAUAGCGAUGCUGUUUAUGCAACAAGCAAUCAGAGGACUAGUUGAUGAGUUCCGCAUACCAGAGCGAGCAGACUUAAAGUCAAUCGAGUUCAUUCCUUCAUGGAGAUUUGCGAAUGGAAUGUUUGCACUUGUUUUGUCCUUUGGGCUUUUGCUGACAGGAUUAAAGAGCCGGAAAGCCAGAUCUUGGAGAUAUGGUUCUGGUUGGAUUAGAAGCCUUGUUGCAGAUUACGGGGUGCCCCUUAUGGUCCUUGUCUGGACGGCUGUUUCGUAUGCACCGAGUGCAACUGUUCCAAAAGGAAUCCCUCGCCGUCUUUUUAGCCCCAAUCCAUGGUCUCCUGGUGCAUAUCAGAACUGGACGGUUGUCAAGGAUAUGCUGGAUGUGCCUAUUCUCUUCAUAUUUGGAGCUUUUGUUCCAGCAACAAUGAUUGCCGUACUAUACUACUUUGACCACAGUGUAGCAUCUCAACUUGCUCAGCAGAAAGAAUUCAAUUUGAGAAAACCGCCUUCCUUCCAUUACGACUUGCUCCUUCUCGGCUUUUUGACGUUACUGUGUGGUCUGCUUGGAAUUCCCCCAUCCAAUGGUGUCAUUCCACAAUCUCCCAUGCAUACCAAGAGUCUUGCCACUCUCAAACACCAGUUGCUUCGGAAUCGACUUGUUGUCUCUGCACGUGAAAGCAUGAGGAUGAAUUCAAGCUUAGGAGAAUUAUAUGGAAACAUGCAGGAAGCAUAUCAGCAAAUGCAGACUCCCUUAAUCCACCAAGCACCCUCAGACCGAGGUUUGAAGGAGCUAAAGGAAUCAACGCUUCAGCUAGCUGCAAGCAUGGGGAACAUGGAUGCACCUGUGGAUGAGACUGUAUUUGAUGUGGAGAAGGAGAUAGAUGAUCUGCUGCCUGUUGAGGUGAAAGAACAGCGUGUCAGCAACCUACUCCAAUCCUGUAUGGUUGGAGGAUGUGUUGCAGCCAUGCCUUUUCUAAAACUGAUUCCGACUUCUGUCCUUUGGGGUUACUUUGCUUUCAUGGCCAUUGAGAGCUUACCUGGGAACCAGUUCUGGGAAAGGAUAUUACUGCUCUUCACUGCACCCAGCCGCAGAUUCAAGGUUCUGGAAGACUACCAUGCUACCUUUGUGGAAACCGUGCCAUUCAAGACGAUUGCGACUUUCACAUUAUUCCAGACAUCAUAUUUGCUCAUCUGUUUUGGGCUUACAUGGGUUCCCAUCGCGGGGCUUCUCUUCCCUCUCAUGAUCAUGCUCUUGGUUCCUGUAAGACAGUACAUUUUGCCUAAAUUUUUCAAAGGCGUACACCUUCAGGACUUGGAUGCAGCAGAGUAUGAGGAGACCCCCGCUAUACCUUUUAAUUAUCCUCAGGAGGGAGAAUUUGGUGCUAGAUCUUCGGUUCCAGAUGCUGGGGAAGUGCUAGACGAGGUGAUUACUAGAAGCAGGGGUGAGAUUAGGCGUACAAGUAGUUCCAGAGUGACAAGCACCACAACAACUCCUACAAGAGAUGCCAAGAAUCUUCAGAGUCCAAGAUUAUCACUCAAAGCAUACAGUCCUAGGAUUAAUGAACUCAGAGUCUUGCAUAGUCCUCGAUCUGCUCCAAGAGAACCUUUUAGUCCAACCGCUCCAUCUUCUUUGGGAAAAAGUCCCUGCAAAUGAUCAAAACUCCCCUUAAUACUGGCCUGCCAUCUCCUCAAUCUCCUGUUUGUUUGUUUUCUUUGCAUCCUUUAUUAAUUGUAACAGGAUAACCUGUAUUGGUUUCUUGUAAUUAUAAUUUAUGAUAGUUAUAAUGUAUAUUAACGUA